AUGGAUUUUUACGAUGGCAAUAUGGAGCUGAAGGAGAUUCAAACACUUGAAGGGCACACCGAUAGGGUUUGGAGCUUAGCUUGGAAUCCAGCCACCGGAACUUCUGAUAUUCCUCCUGUCCUCGCUUCUUGUAGCGGCGAUAAGACUGUUCGAAUCUGGGAGCAGACUCCUUCCAAUCGCCUCUGGCACUGCAAGGCGGUCCUGGAAGAAACGCACACUAGAACUGUACGGUCAUGUGCCUGGUCACCUUCUGGGAAAUUAUUGGCAACCGGCAGCUUUGAUGCCACCACUGCCAUUUGGGAAAAUAUUGGCGGUGAUUUCGAAUGUGUUGCUACUUUAGAGGGUCAUGAAAAUGAAGUGAAAAGCGUGUCUUGGAAUGCAUCUGGUUCACUCCUUGCGACAUGUAGUCGGGAUAAGACUGUUUGGAUUUGGGAAGUAAUGCCUGGGAAUGAAUUUGAGUGUGUUUCAGUUUUGCAAGGACAUACACAAGAUGUUAAGAUGGUUAAAUGGCAUCCAACUAUGGAUGUUUUGUUUUCUUGUAGCUAUGAUAACACUGUUAAGGUUUGGGCUGAGGAUGGUACUGGUGAUUGGCAUUGUGUUCAAACCUUAGGUGAAUCUAACAAUGGUCACUCUUCUACUGUCUGGGCACUGUCUUUUAAUGCUGAAGGAGACAGAAUGGUUACCUGUAGUGAUGAUCUUACCAUAAAAAUAUGGGAAACAGAUGUUGGAAGGAUGGAGUUGGGCGAUGACCAUGCACCUUGGAAUCAUCUUUGCACUCUCUCAGGUUAUCAUGAUCGGACAAUCUUUUCAGUUCAUUGGUCAAGGGAAGGUAUUAUAGCAAGUGGAGCAGCUGAUGAUGGUUUACGGUUUUUUGUGGAGAGCAAAGAUGGUUUGGUGGAUGGUCCUUUGUAUAAACUGUUGUUGAAAAGAGAGAAGGCUCACAAUAUGGACAUAAACUCAGUGCAAUGGGGCCCUGGGGAAACCCGGCAACUUGCUUCCACAAGUGAUGAUGGGACGAUAAAGAUAUGGGAACUGGCGAGUCUGACCUGA